UUUUUUUUAUUUUUUUAAUUUUUUUUAUUUUUAGUCUUUUUUAAAUUGUUUUUUCUGAAGAAUUAACGAACUUUGACUCGAAGAAAUUUGCUUAAACUGGUGUGAUGGAGCCAAAUAGAAAACCUUGCAGUAGAAGUUUACAAGUAAAAACUAAAGAUAACAGAAAAUCAAUUUUAAGGUUGACAAGAAGUACUGAUGGAAUCAGGUUGAUUCAAAAAAUAUCAAGAAGAUUGCAAAUAUGCAACAAACUAAGAAGACCAUUCAUGCUCAGAGUGGUGAAAAGGAGAACAAAAGAUGGUGUAUGUUUAAAAAAAAAAAAACAUAAUGUUAACCCAAGUACAUAUAGUAUUCAGGUUGAUAAUGAGAAGCAUCUUAAUGAAGGGUCAGAGAAAGAUAUUCCUAAUAAUAAAGACUUUCAAGCAAAAAAUGAAUUCAUUUAUGUUCAGAGUGAUGAAGAGAAUGACUUAAAUACAAAAUCAUUUCAUAAUUCCUUACAGUCAAACAAAUGGUGCACCAAAAAACCUUAUAUUGCACAGAUUGAUGAAGAGCAAAAAAGAAAUGUGUUGAAACAAAGUAUAUGUAACAAUGAAAACAUAAAAUCAAAAAAAGAUAUCAUCUAUAUUCAGAGCGAUGAAGAUGAUGAGGAAAAUAAGCACUUAGACCUUAGUUUAUCCCAAACAAACAAAUAUAAACUCAAGAAACUCCAGAAUGACAAAGAAAACUUGAAAAUAAAUUUAUUGAAUACGCCUACACAAACAAGCAGUUGUGUGGUCAAGAAACCCUUUAGUGUCCAGGAUAGUGAGCAAAUGAAGCAAAAGAAUCCAAUUUUAAUUUCAGAUGCUCUCUUUACAAAGAGAAAGAGAAAAAGAAAAAAUGUUGCUGGAGCAUUAGUUUCUCAGAAUAAGCAGCUAACCAAAAAUGACAAUUCACUUCUAAUAUCAAAUGCUCUUUUUGACAAGCAAAAGAAAAAGUAUGUAAAAAAGAGAGAUAAGAAGAUAAGUGAUAAAAAUUUGUUUCCUUCUGAAAGUCAGAGCAGUGAAAAGAAAACCAAGAAGAAGUCCCUACUACUAUCAAGUGAUCUAUUUUUACAGAAGGUGAUUAAAAUUAAGCAAAAAAAUAAUUUCAAGUCAAAAAAGAAUGAAGGCAACAAAUUUUACAAAACCGAGAAGCCUCUUUUUAUAAAGAAAGAUACUGAUCACAUAAAUGAGGAAACUUCUAUUGAGGUUUCAAAUAAUAACCUCUCUCAUCUUCAUCGUGUUUCAAGUAUUUUUAAGGCAAGAGAACGAGGUCAAUUAGAUGUGGAAAAAAUUAAACCCAAAACAGGUCCUUGGAGUAAAGCAGAAGUUUUGCAACUAGAAACUAAUAUGGCAAGGUUUUUAAAAUUGUAUAAUAUGACAAGUUCAAAGUCUCUUGUCUUUCCUAGUACCAAAGAAGAGCUAGAGUUUCGAAGAAAAACGAAUUUCAAUUUGAAAAUGUGUCAUGGUAUUCAAAGGUACGGUCAAAGCAUAAUGCGAAAGGUUGUCAUACAUUUUGUAGGAGCUUUACAAGAAGGUUAUCCAACUGGAAAAGAUGCACAAAUGUUUUGGAAAAUGGUAAAAAUAUACGGUACGAAUUGGAAGUUAAUUGGCAGUUUAUUAAAACGGACGCCUCAAUCUUUAUACCAUUUUUAUAUCCAUGAAAAAAAUAAAAAGAAUAAAAACUUCCAGAAAAAAUCAUGGUUUAAUGCCGAGACUGAAAUGUUAAUUAAACUAGUAGAUGAGUCUUUUAAAAGAGGAGAUAAAAUUCGAUGGAAUAAAAUAUCAGAACAAAUUGUGAGUCGUUCACCAAUGCAAUGCAGACAGAAAUGGUGGUGGAUUAAAAAACAGAUAUUGGAUAACUCAACCAGUUUGUGUUCUAAUGAAAAUGCAGAAGUUAUUAAGCAGCUAUAUUCUCAAUCCAAAUUUUAAAGUGUUGUUGGCUUUAAAAUUGAUUUUGCGUUGAGCGUGUAUAAACUGGAAACAUCAAUCUAAAACUCUAAAUAUCAGAUACUUUGAUGAUUAA